GGGAUUUUGUGCAGAUGGUUGCGCGAGCCAGAGCCACUGCGUCCAGUUUCAUGUGUCACCAUACACCUCCAACAACAAGUAAUUCCAACCACAAAUUCUGUUAAAUCGAUCUCUUACACUCAAGGUUUAACAGAGUCUUGCUUCAACAUCAACUUCCAUCUACGUGUUACUGGCCAAUUCCUCACAUUUCGACCUCAUGGCUCAAACCCGCAAUCUGCGAAGGCGCAGUGUUCGUCCCGGCUCGCAUGGCGGGUCCUCGGUCAUCUCUUCAUAUUUCGUAUGUUCAUAUGGGAUCUUCAGGCCAUCAGCUCACCAGCAAUAGAUGGGACCUCGAGAUAUCCGACGCCACUCCAAAUGGCCAAGAGCAUUGAGGAUGCACGGUAGUGUCGCUCCCAAGCUAGUAGCACCGCUGCUUGGCAUUGGAAUGUGGUCUGCUCUCAUUACGACCAUCUCUGAGAAGGUGCACACGAUAAACGUCCAUCCGAUCGUCAUAACAGUGCUUGGACUUGUUGUGGGACUUGCUCUCAACCUUCGGAGUCAGACAGCUUAUGAACGCUACAUGGAAGGUCGGCGUAUGUGGGCAAUGCUCGGUGCUUCAGCAACAUCACUUGCGCGACAUAUCUGGCUUCAUGUGAAAGAAGGGGAAGGGUCAAGGGCCAAGACUAUCCUUAUAUCCAAGACAGCCGCGCUGAACCUUAUCACUGGUUUUGUAAUCGCUCUCAAGCAUAAACUCCGGUUCGAACCCUACGCCACUUACGAUGAUUUGCAUCCGUUAAUUGCCCAUCUCGAUACUUUCGCAAUCAACGCCGGAGAACCAGAACCCCCGAGACGAGCCUUCUUGUGCAAGAAGGUGGGAUACUGGAUGGGCUUUCCAAUGGCCAGAUCGAACCCACGCAAACAGAUCAAGCGAGCCAAGCACCCGGUUGGAAACCUGCCCCUGGAGAUCCUCUCACACCUCUCGGCAUACCUGACGGAGCAGAUCGACAUGGGCACGUUCGAGCUGGGAAUUGCGCAGAACCAAAGCAUGAACGUCAUGAACGACUUGCACCACAUACUCGCGACAACUGAACGUGUUCAGACUACACCCUUGCCGCUUGCAUACUCAAUUACGAUCAGCCAGAUCACAUGGGUGUACCUCCUGACGCUCCCCUUCCAGCUCACCACCCUCACAGGAUGGCUGUGCAUACCCAUCACGAUCACUACGGCUUACAUCGUCCUCGGCAUCCUCUAUAUCGGUAACGAGCUGGAGAACCCGUUUGGCACCGAAGUCAAUAACCUCCCGCUGGAGAACUACUGCGAGCAGAUCGUGUCCGACGUCCACGUCAUCGCCGCCAUCUCGCCCGCCAUCAUGAAAGCCCAGAUCCACGCCCCGCAGUCCCAGCUGCUGUACCCGCUGAGCCUCGAGACGCGCGAGCUGUGGAGCUCCCGCUCCGAAGACGAGAUCCGCGUUGCGCUGACACAGCGCGCGGACCCCUCCAAAACUGACAUGUGGGAGCGUCUAAAUGACUGGAGAAACGAGGUUGGCCACGAUGAGGGACAGGGCAGCGCACAAAGUGAUACUGUCUGUGGGGACUGUGAGCAGGGACAGUGCCGGGGAGGCAACGAUGAGCAUUCGCCUGGCAAUGGCGGGAAUCAUCGGCCGAGUUGGCGUGGCUCGCGCAUCUGGGACCGCAGCUCGUUUAGCAAAGGUACCUUUUCUGCUUGAUUUGCGAGUCGAAGAGCGUUGACAUUUCUAGUCGGAUCAUCUGGUGACGGUUGCAAUGCUGGCAAUUCUGGUGGCUGGUAGAUCUCCGGGGGGAUUUCUCGCUUUGCUCCGUUGCUAAAGAGGCCCUGGUUGAGGGGGCCGAGGCAUUGGGCGGUGAGUCUUUUGGGAAAGCGCAAGGUGAGUUGUGUGCGGAGCAGAAGGCGAAGGUGGAGGGAAGACUCGAGUCGGGCACUCUGGAGGAAUUGAGCGGAUGUUACAGACCAAUACAAGACUGUGCUGCCCUCGUUGGAACGCAUUCACUAUACAACAUCGUCAUCUAGCCUUGUCACUCAAUGCGGUGGUUCAGAACGCGCUCAGUCUGUCU